AUGCCAUCGCUCGCCCCAUCACCGGCUUCUUCUUCACUCUUUAGCUCAAUUGUAUCUCAAGCUAUGAGCGUACAGUCAGCGCGCACACGCUUACUUUCUACUAUACCAUCGUAUGAAACAGAGGAAAACGUGGAUGAUGUUGAGACUGUUGAUUUGCGGUCACUGUCGUCGUCUGCUGCAUCGUCAACGGCCCAUUCGCAGUCAACGUGUGAAUCGUGUGCGCAAUUGGAAUCGGACUUUGCCGGAGCGGUACUGUUCGUUGAGAAGUACCAAGGACCACAUCGCAUCUUGACACAAGCAAAUUCAUCACCAAAGAUGAACUUAUACGCUUAUUAUCAGCAGGCAACACUUGGGCCUUGUCUGACUGUAACGCCACUAGCUGGACGUGACGAACUGGAGCAAUCCAAGUGGGAAAAAUGGCGAAAUUUGGGCCAAAUGACAAGACAGGAAGCCAUGAAACAAUACACGUUGGUACUAGAUAAUCUAGUAGACGAUUGGCGGCAUAGUGCGAAUGUGUGGAGCAGCUCAAUGGAAUCAAGUGACAGUUCCACUCGUCGACAACCGUUUGAAGCAGAUUCGGUCACGUCUAACCGACUGAAGCAGCCUCUUCAUGUGUUUGAACGUUUGCCGCAGAUAUAUCGUGAAUUGAAAGAACUGCAGGACCGCGUGGACGACGAAACAAAGAAGCGUGACGAGUUGGAAACUCACUUGCUGCACCUUACACGGGACAACCGUGACAUGUUCAACGAGCACACUGAGUUCAUGGAGCAGACACGGAAUAGCUUAUUGACACUAGUCAAGAAUUUAGAGAACGAUGUUGCGCUGCAAUCGACAGAGAUGCAGCAAUUGGCAUUGCGGCAGCAGCAGUUGGCGACAAGAGCAAAGAACUCGGUCUUGCUGGCUGUGGAAGCCCGUGGGCGGCACUACGUUGUCAUUAUUAAGGCUUUGCUUAAUAAACGCUUGAUCCGUGCGGCGCUUGUGGUGUUUAUUGGAUUGCGUGCGUGGCACUUUCUAAGACAUCAUCGUCUCCCGCCGUUCCUGGCCCAACUUCUCAUCCACUGGUUGACCAAAGUCUCAUCAAUGGAUAAUAGAAACGCACCGCCACUUUCCUAUUAG